UCUACCUCCCACAUGUAUUCAUUCACAGCUUUAUCCCCUUGUAAUGAAAUCAAAUUGAGAGGUCGCGGAAACCUCCUCUCUUCCCUUCUUUGAUUUCUUUCAUUCCCACCUAGUUUUUGUAGAGCUUGCAAGAAUUCCCAUAUUUUCUUUGGCUUAAUUUCCACAAAAAAGAUUACUGUUUUAACACAAAUAUGGCAAGUGAGAAGCUGAGGAUAUGCAUAAAGGAAACCACAAUGGUGAAACCAGCCAAGCCUACACCAAGCAAGAAGUUGUGGUGCUCAAAUGUGGAUUUGGUAGUGGGGAGGAUCCAUUUGUUGGUGGUUUACUUUUACAGGCCCAAUGGGUCUCCAAACUUCUUUGAUCCCAAGGCGAUGAAGGAAGCCCUGAGCAGAGUUCUGGUUUCGUUCUAUCCAAUGGCGGGUAGGAUGGGUAGGGAUGGAGAUGGGAGGCUUGAGAUUGAGUGUAAUGGAGAAGGGGCUUUGUUUGUGGAGGCCGAGAGUGACGCAACAAUUGAUGAUUUUGGGGACUUUACUCCUAGUUUGGAGCUCAGGAAGCUCCUCCCCUCUGUUGAUACUUCUGGGGACAUUUCUUCCUUCCCGCUUGCCCUUUUCCAGGUCACACGUUUCAAGUGUGGUGGAGUGUCUCUUGGAACCGGGAUCUUCCACACGCUCUCAGAUGGCCUCUCGGCCCUUCACUUCAUCAAAACCUGGGCAGACCUAGCUCGAGGCCUCUCGGUUGCUAUCCCGCCUUUCAUUGAUCGGACCAUUCUCCGGGCUAGAGACCCUCCUUGCCCGGCAUUUAAACACACCGAGUAUGAUCACCCUCCCACUCUAAAAUCCGGGCCACUCUCCAAGCUGCCGGGAGCUAAUCCAAGCACAGCCAUGCUUAAAAUCACCCCUCAACAGCUCGCCCUUCUCAAAACGAACUCGAGCCACGAGGGUAGCACCUACGAGAUCCUUGCGGCACACAUAUGGCGUUGUGUGUGCGAAGCCCGGGGGCUUUCUGAUGAUCAAACUACCAAACUAUAUAUUGCCACGGAUGGUCGGUCCAGGCUGUGCCCUGCCCUGCCCCCGGGGUUCCUAGGCAAUGUGAUUUUUACUGCCACCCCGGUGGCUGAAUCGGGCGAGCUCCUAACCGAGCCGCUAGCCAGCUCUGCCAAGAGAAUCCGUAGCGCUCUGGUGAGAAUGGACGACGAGUACUUAAGAUCCGCCCUUGACUACCUAGAGUGCCAACCGGACUUGUCAAAACUGGUCCGGGGCUCAAACUACUUUGCUAGUCCCAACCUUAACAUCAACAGUUGGACUAGGUUGCCGGUCCACAACUCGGAUUUCGGGUGGGGGACACCUGUCCACAUGGGGCCGGCCCUCAUUUUGUAUGAGGGCACGGUGUACAUAUUGCCUAGCCCAAACAAAGACCGGAGCUUAUCACUGGCUGUGUGCUUGGAUGCUGAUCAUAUGCCACUCUUCCAGAAGUUAUUGUACAAGUUUUGAUGGGGAUAUGAUGUACUAAUUAUGAUCUAAGUUUGGAGUUGUUACCUUCUUCCUUAGUUUUGAGGAUGAAAUAAAUUAAAGAAGUAGCUCUGAGUGCCA